AUGAUUGCAGCUGCUGAUGCAGAAGUUAAUGUUGUUUUGAAUGAUAAUCAGUCUGCUCAGUUAGGAUCAAAUGAGAGGGCACAGCAGCAGGGGAGGAUUGGUGUUCAAUUGAGGGACAAUGAUAAGGAGAGUGGGGGGAUGGGUUGGGUUGAUGGUAUUGUGGCUAAUUUGGAGGUUCCAUCACCUACUAUUGUGAAUUUGGAAUCUGAGCAAUUGAAGGAGCACACUGAAAAUGAUGUGGAAAUGGUCUUAGAAUGUGGAGAAGUGUCUCCAAUUGUUAAUGAUUCUGGGAUUGCUCUAAGUAAAGAGAAGGAACAAAGACUGGAAAGGGUGGUGUCUAAGGAGAAGGUAAAUGAAGGGGAAGUUCCUAUUUGUAAUACCAGCAAGCAUUUUUCUCCAUCUGCUGAUUCUUCUUUUUGGGUGAAUAAUGCUUACAGUGCUCAUGGUAAGAGUACCUUUUCUUUAGAUGAUGAGAAUGGAUUGGUGAAAGAUAAAGAACCUCCUGAUAAGGGAUUCUUCUCUGAUCAGGAGAAUCCCAUGGGCUUUGAAGAGAAUCUGGAGGAUCUAGAGAUUGCAAAUUCUACUGAUUUCAGUCCUAGGCAGCUGCCUAAAGGAUUUGCAUCUAGUGUUGGUUUCUCUGCCUUUGUGUUUAAUUCUCUUGCUGAAAAGAAUUUGUGGUUGUUAUGGAGUGAAAGGGUGGAGGUUAAAGUUGUUAUGGAAUUUGAACAAUCCUUAGCUGUGACUGUUUCACAUUUGGGUUCUCCUCCAGUUUUAGUUACUGUGGUCUAUGCCUGCUGUGACCAUGUGUUGAGGAGGCCAUUAUGA